AUGGAGGUUCCAAGAUUGGGACACAACUUAACCAGCCCGAUGAGUCCGUGUGAGGGCAUGAUAAAGAACCUCAGCUUGGACGGUAUACAGUUAUGCGAGCGAGAGGGUAAUAAAUCCCAGGACAGCGGCAUCGUAGAGAUGGAGGAGCUUCCUGUCCCUCAGAACAUCAAGAUCAGCAACAUCACAUGUGACUCUUUCAAGAUUUGCUGGGACAUGGAGCCCCGUGUCAAGGAGCGCAUCACUCACUACUUCAUUGACCUCAAUAAGAAGGAGAACAAGAACUCCAACAAGUUCAAACACAAGGAUGUCCCCACUAAGCUGGUGGCGAAGGCGGUUCCUCUGCCCAUGACGGUGAGGGGUCACUGGUUCCUCAGCCCGCGUACAGAGUACACUGUGGCCGUCCAGACAGCUUCCAAACAGACUGACGGAGACUACGCUGUGUCAGAGUGGAGCGAGAUCAUAGAGUUCACCACUGCCGAUUAUUCCACAGUACAUCUAACCCAACUGCUGGAGAAGGCUGAGGUCAUCGCAGGGAGGAUGCUGCGCUUCUCUGUGUUCUACAGGAACCAGAACAAAGAGUACUUUGACCAGGCCAGGGAGGUGCAUGGGAACCGGAUGCUCCCAGCUGUAAAGGACAACAGUGGCAGCCACGGCUCUCCCAUCAGUGGCAAGCUGGAAGGCAUCUACUUCAGCUGCAACACGGAGUUCAACACAGGCAAGCCCCCCCAGGACUCCCCCUAUGGCCGUACACGCUUUGAGAUCCAGGCUGAGACCCUGUUCAACCCCAAGACUAAUCUCUACUUUGGGGACUUCUACUGCAUGUAUACAGCCUACCACUACGUCAUACUGGUGCUGGCACCACAGGGCUCGCCCGGCGAUGACUUCUGUAAGGCAAGGCUGCAAGCGCUCGACGUCACCAACAACCACUUCCUGACGUGCACGUUGGACGAGGACGGAGCAUUGGUGUUCCGGCACGCCCAGGAUGUGAUCCUGGAGGUGAUUUACACGGAGCCCGUCGACCUGGCGCUGGGCACGGUGGCAGAGAUCAGCGGGCACCAGCUUAUGAGCCUUUCUACUGUCAACGCCAAGAAGGACCCCAGCUGCAAGACCUGCAACAUCAGCGUGGGACGCUAG